AUGCACCCUAGUGCUUCUUCUAGCUCUGGAGCUCGAUCUGAAAUCGAAAACUUUUCCUAUUACUCUGACGGCAACGUGGGGUUCAAUCCAAACAGAAAAGUCCUGGAAGGCAGUGAUCUUGAAGAGCAUUUCGGCGCUGAACUACAUUAUGGUGGCGUACCGAUGUUUAAUGUAGAAAAAGUUCCUGUAAGCAAAGUGCGGGACGCUAUGGCCACCUACAACCACAUCUGGAUUGUUGGUCGCCCUUCUCCUACAGAGCGGUACAGGUUCAUGGAGCUAAUUAAAGGCAGUGAUGAACUACCCUCAUUAAGGACUGACGAAGGAGAUGAUAUUCGUAAGCAUUUCCUGGAUGCGCAAGACUUCGAGAGAAAGUAUGGUAGUAAAGCUCUGGGCCUUAGGUACGGGUCUCCGUUCGGCGAACGACCAAAGCCAAAAACAUCCGUUUUGAAGUGGCUUCGAUUGCCAACUUCUACAAAGCCAAAACUGUACGAACUGGAACAGACAAGCAUCAGUCAUCUGCGCAGGGCCCUCAACCAGUUUAACUACCUCAGAAUUCAUGAUUCAGCUCAUCACAAGUUGCUCAGCUUCAAAUUAGAUCAAGACGGCAGGGUGCUUUUCGAAGACUUGGGUCAUUACCUUGGCCGGGUGUAG